AACGAACACAGCCAAAAGACGCGUUCAUGUAUGUUUCUUCUCCGAAAAGACACACGCGUCACUGUACUCGAAGCGAUUUGCUCACCGCUUGCCACAAAUGUAAAUAAACAAAAGCGGAUCGCCCUCGCGAAAAAAGCUACCCGUGGCCGUGGGGGAAGAUACCCACUUUCUGGAUAAGGAAUCGUUGUGAAAAUGAGCAGUAGCUACUAUUUUGCGAUUGUGGGACACAACGACAAUCCCAUAUUCGAGACGGAAUUCGUCACCGUAAACAAGGAAGCCAAGAAGGAGGAUCAUCGGCAUCUGAACCAGUUCAUUGCGCACGCGGCGCUCGAUCUGAUCGACGAGCACAAAUGGAAGACAAACAACACGUACUUGAAGUCGAUCGACAAAUUUAACCAAUGGUUCGUGUCCGGGUUCGUGACGGCGAGCCAUCUGCGGUUCGUGAUGGUGCACGACAACCGGAACGACGAUGGCAUCAAGAACUUCUUCAACGAGAUGUACGAAACGUACAUAAAGUAUCUGAUGAAUCCGUUCUACACGCCAAACACACCGAUCAAAUCGCUGGCGUUCGAGAAGAAGGCCCAGCUGUACGGCAAAAAGUUCCUCGGCACGUAGGGCUGCUGCUAUCGGCAGGGUAAUGGGGUGAAUUUCGGAUACAUUCGACAUUGUUAUUAAUAGCUUAUAAAGAAUCUAAUUUAACUUGA